CGGUGAUGCCCAAGCUCCGCAUGCCACUCGCAAUAUCCCCCACUUACUGCCGCCACUUCACGCGCCUUAAAUCUUCAUUUUUUUUAAUUUUUCUUAUUAAAUAAAUCAUUUUAAAAUGAAGUGCGCAACUUUAUUUUAUGGUCAAGUUGAAUUGCCAAGAGUAGACAAGAUGAGCGUUGAGGACACGCGCCAAACCAGAGCAUGUAAAAAGAGGGAGGAGCAUAAACCACAAUAACCUGAAAAAUAAGGAACGGUGACUGCUCUCUCUCUCUCUCUCUCUCUCUCUCUCUCUGUGCCUGACGUCUAAUUUUUUGCCUUGCUUAUCAAGUCAAUUAAAAAGCCCUACCGCCCUCUUCUCUCUCAAACCGACCACCCAAACCACUACUUCUCUAUUCUCUACCCAACCCACUAACCACAGAAAUCCCAUGAAGAUAAAGAACAAAGGUAAAGUAUACCCAUCUCCAUCUUCUUCUUCUUCUUCUUCUUCUUCUUCGACUAGAGACAAAGAUGGGGAUGUUUUCUCUGUACUUAAGCUUCUUCCUGCUGCCAUUCUCACUUUAGCUUCUGUUCUCUCUCUUGAAGACCGUGAAGUUCUUGCUUAUAUGAUCACCAGGUCAUUGAAAACCACGACCAAUUCAAACCCAAACAACCCAUCUUCCAUCUCUCAAGAUUCCAAGAGAAAAUCCUCUAAAAAGCUAUCAAAUGCCUCCUCGUCCUCCACCACCGCUACCAUCAACCAUAAGUCUCCUAUCUUUGAUUGUGACUGUUUUGAUUGCUAUACCAGCUAUUGGUUCAGGUGGGAUUCUUCUCCUAACCGUGAACUCCUCCAUCAAGUUAUUGAAGCCUUUGACGAACAUUUAACCAACGGCGAACAAUCCAGGAAAAGCUACCGAGGUAAGAGACGAGACAAAGCAGGUCGUCAGAUUGGUGAGAAGCCGGUUAUUGAUGUUCUGGGUCGUCCCGAAAUGCCGGAGUUGGAGACUCCACCAGAAACCGAUGAAUCCUCUAUUGUUUCUCCCGAUGAUGACUUCUCACCAGUUGCUACUCCGGAGAGAGCGGCUGAUGGGGAAGAAUGGAAGGAGAAGGGUGCAAAGAAAAAUGAAGAGAUAACUGAGUUGGUGCCGGCGGAGACGAAAGAGAUGGCGGUGGUUGCAAGGACAUCACCGGCGGCAGUAAGCAACCACAAGGGUUUGGGAAGGAAGGUAUUGCCGGACGUGUUAGGGUUCUUAAAUUCUCGUUUAUGGAGUCUUUGGGGUCCGAAUGUGUAGUGCCCAAAGUUAAUUAAAAAAAUUAACUUUUUCUUUUUUGCUUGCUUCCAUUUUUGGAGCCAAGAAAAAUUACAAAAAAAAAAUUGUAUAUUUUUGGUGAAAGAUUAGCACUUGUCUCAAA